UGUGCACAGAAUUCUCAGGCUAUCACACCACUCUAUGAUCCCAUCUGUUGUUGUAACAGCCUGUCCAAAAACGGGGCUGAGGAAGCGCCCACUAUUGCCUGCUUCCUCUCUGCAGCGGCAGCUACGUCCCUUCACUAACAGGAGAAGCAUUCUCUCUCCCGGGCUUGAUCUUCUAUCAGUCUGGCCAGCUCGAUCGGGGCUGCCUGUUACAGAGCUCCUCUACAGGUGGGCGGAGCAGGAAGACAACAGAACACAGCAGCCCUGAUCUUUGCUUCCCGCCCUGCAGAGUGCAGACCUCACAGCUCACCCCAGCAUGAAGAUGCAUGUCAUGUCAGACAUGUCUUCUUCACCUUUGAGUCCCGACUACACUGCUUUCCAAACUACUUUGCGUUACCAUAAACCUGCCCUGUACUUUGCAGAGAAAGAAAAGGAUGGGAUGCACUCCCACUUACAGCUUGCCCCCCUUUCACCUUCUGACCUGGGUGCUGAGAUUGUGGACAGCUGGCCACGGCCGCUGCAGAGCUUCGCUGCACUGCAGAGUCUUGCAGGGACGGCCUGCAUCUUCCUUCGACACAGCAUCGCAAUCACACAGAUCGACAGAGAGCUGAGACCAGAGGAGAUAGAAGAGCUGAGAGAAGCGUUUAAAGAGUUUGAUCGUGAUAAGGAUGGAUUCAUUGGCUACAAGGAACUGGGAGAGUGUAUGAGGACCAUGGGUUACAUGCCUACUGAGAUGGAGCUUAUUGAACUCUCACAAAAAAUCACAGGGGGUAAAGUUGAUUUUGAGGACUUUGUAGAGCUAAUGGGGCCUAAACUUCUAGCAGAGACAGCCGACAUGAUUGGUGUAAAGGAGCUAAGAGAUGCUUUUCGAGAGUUUGACUCAAAUGGUGAUGGGCGAAUCAGCACACGAGAACUGCGAGAUGCCAUGAGAAAACUCUUGGGUCAGCAACUUGGUCCUCGAGAAGUCGAUGAAAUCCUGAGAGAUGUGGAUGUGAAUGGAGAUGGACUUGUAGAUUUUGAAGAGUUUGUACGAAUGAUGUCUCGCUAAAGAAAAAAAGACAUUAAAAGAUGGUGUGAAGAGUUUACUAGAAACGUGAAUCUUUCAUUCCUAUUUUACUUCAAAGCAAUCCACAAUUAAAAAUAAAUGUAUAUUAUUCUA